UUUGACGAGCACCAAGGCGAGUAGUUGACUCCCUGCUUCUCACACUUGAUCAUCUGACUUGACAUCAUAACUGUCUCAGUUGAAUAUUUGAUACUUCAGUGCUGCCGCUAAAGCCAUCAGUGUUUCUACGAUGUCGUCUCUUCACGGAGAUCUGGAGGUAGAAGUUGUUAGUGGAGAGAACUUUGUCGACCGAGAUAACGCUCUGUUUAACAUCAUAAGAGGGGAUUGGUCGGACGUCUGGGUAACUGUGACGUUGGGAACGACUGAUAUUCUCACAACAGGAGUUCGUAAGGACGCCAUCAACACGGUCUGGGGGGAACAUGUCAUCUGUCCAGUCUGUGAGGAUGCUAAGUACCUCGAUAUCUCUGUGAGGGACAAAGAUGACUUCCGUUCUGAGUUCCUGGGCAGCGGCCGUGUGGUUCUUGGCGACCGUGACAAAGCUUGGAGUAGGGAUGGUCCUGUUUAUCUUGAAGGAGGGAAGGGUAGAGUGAAUAUGAAGAUCCGGUACACUCCUGCACUACAGUCAAUGGGGGAAAGCAUGGAAGUACCCCGAUCCUACUUCCCUCUACGCAAGGGAGGAUCUCUAACUCUUUACCAGGAUGCUCAUGCCACAACCGUGCCCGGGAUAGUUGGCACCAGUGAGGGCGUCUUUGAGGCAAUGGCAGAUGCGAUCCGUGGAGCGAAGAAGUUCGUCUACAUCUCUGCCUGGAGUCUGUGGACGGGCACGCGUCUUGAGCGUGAUAAAGAGACCCUUGGGGAGUUGUUAAAACAGAAAGCAGGCGAAGGAGUGCGAGUAAUACUCCUUAUCUGGAAUGAAAAAUUUUCUGCUAUUCUUUGUGCUGGACUGCUCAAUACCUUUGACGAGGAUACAGAGAAAUACUUCGAACACACAAGCGUUCACGUAGCGAACGUGAGAAGAAAACGACAUUCGACAUCUUUAAUUAGAGCAAAGCUUGUGGAAACUGUCUGGUCCCAUCACCAGAAAAUGCUCGUGGCUGACGACGGUAAAGACGAUCUUGUCGCCUUCGUUGGUGGCCUAGACUUGACUAAAGGACGAUGGGACACGCCGGACCACCAACUUUUUUCCACACUGGCCAGGGAACACCGCGGCGACUUCCACAACGGCUUCGUUAAUCUGAAAGAGAAUCAGGGGCCCCGUGAACCGUGGCACGACGUCCACGCACGCCUUACAGGUCGGGCUGCCGUCGAUCUCCUGAGGAACUUUGAGGAGCGCUGGAGACAACAGGUGCCAAAAAAGGCUCACCUGCUUGUGCAGUCAUAUGAAGAGGUCCUGACCCCUACAGUAGCGAACUCAAACCCAGCGGAUGAAGUUACGUGGCAAAUGCAGGUGGUUCGAUCGAUAGAUGGAGACUCGGCGAUGUUCAGCAGUGGGCGUGUGGGCGUGCUGGAUAACGCGGGCGGGCGUGUAGUAGAUAAUAGCUUACAUAAGGCUAUGGUUAGACUCAUCAGACGUGCCCAGGACUUUAUUUAUAUUGAGAGCCAGUACUUCAUCGGGUCGUCUCAGGCGUGGGAGGAGGACGACCAGGUGGGAGCCAGUAACCUCGUCCCCCUUGAGAUCGUCCAGCGAGUGGUGGGUAAGAUCCGCGCAGGUGAGGAGUUUCGAGUGUACAUUGUGGUUCCUAUGAUACCUGAAGGCAACCCUGAUAGUCUCGUGGUCAAGAGCAGUAUGAAGGCCAUCCUCCACUACCAGUACCUCACCAUGCAGAUGAUGUAUGGAAGGAUAGCGGCAGUGUUGAAGGAGGUUGGAUCCAAACGUCACCCCACCGACUACUUGCUGUUCCUCUGCCUCGGCAAGAAAGAAUCCCAGGCAAGGGUGGCGAGAUCAGUUGGUGUAGAGAACCCGACUUCCGGAAGUGACGAGUGGAAGUGGCGCCAAAAAUCUCGCUUCCUCAUCUACGUUCACUCGAAGACGAUUCUCGCUGACGACGCCCACAUAGUGAUAGGCUCUGCCAACCUUAACCAGAGGUCACUCGAUGGCACCCGUGACACUGAGGUGGCUGUGGCGGCAUGUCAGGUACGGGAGAACAACACGGCGGUGGGUGAGGUUGUGAAGGACGGUGCGGUAAGGGACUUCCGCAAGUCGCUUUGGGCUGAACACACAUCUGGUCUGUCAGAGGAGGAGCCCGAGUUGGCCAACCCCUCCUCACUGGGUGCCAUCAGAAAGCUCAGGCAGCUGGCUGAUGACUCACUUGACUCCUUCGCGAGCGACUCUUCUGAAAAUGAAUCCAGGAACCGCUUCCUCAGGUAUCCACUGGAUAUCUCUCAAGAUGGAACAGUGACGGCUCGUCCAGGGAUGCCAAAUAUACCUGACUUUGACCUGCCGGUUAUUGGGUCAAAAGGUUUCCUACCAGUAGCUCCAACCAUCUAGUGAUACAAUCAUCAUGUGUACUCUGUGGUCUAAACUUAAGAAGGCUGUCAUUCUUAAGCUCAUCAUAAAACUCAACUUGAGUGCCGAAAUUCUCACGAAUACACUUGAGAGUAUCUUUGGCAGUGUGUAGGAGGAUCAUACCAGUCCCCAUGGCCAUGGCAGUGGUAGUGUAGGUCUACGACACCUCCACCAUCCACCCAGGUUAAGGGUGCUACUCUCACUAAUGUUAUCCACUUUCAGUAUCUCAGUUCCCACAUGUCCACCAUCGCGGACAUCGAUGAAGAGAUUCAAUAUCGGAUCAGAUGUGUGUCUCA